CUUUCUCAACUUGGCAUAGGUCGUGCUCAUCCACGUCCUCUUCUUAGCCGGUGGAGACGUUGCCUCGACCCGCAGCAGCCAUGUCAGACUUUUACGUGCGGUAUUACUCCGGUCACCACGGGCAGCAUGGUCACGAAUUCCUUGAGUUUGAAUACAGCCGAGGGCGGCUGAGGUACGCGAACAACUCUAACUACCGCAAUGACGAUCUCAUCCGGAAGGAACUUUGGGUUUCACCACUCAUGGUCGAAGAACUGAAGCGAAUCGUCGAGGAAAGCGAGAUCAUGAAGGAAGAUGACGUCAAGUGGCCCAAGAAGAACAUUGUCGGGAGACAAGAGCUAGAGGUUCGCCUCGGCAACGAUCACAUCUCGUUCGAGACAGCCAAGAUUGGAUCGCUUGUGGAUGUGCAGGAGUCAGAUGAUCCAGAAGGUCUACGUGUUUUCUACUACCUCGUGCAAGACUUGAAGUGCCUCAUCUUCAGCUUGAUUAGCCUGCAUUUCAAGAUCAAGCCGAUUUAAAGACGCCUUACUUAGGUGUGCAAGAUGUACUUACUUUCCCCUUGUAUUUGUACGGGCUGAAACGGGGCCACCCCACCCGAGCAAUAGAUACAGUUGCUGAAUGGAGAAGUCAAACAAACUCUUGGGGGAAUGCAGCUACACUUGCCCAUGCUCCGCUCUGCGACAUUACAGCAUCAUCCCUCUAGCGCUCAGGCUCCC